AGCGUGCAGGUCGUGGGGGGCGCCAGGUGAGGGCCAGGGAGACGGAGGGGGCGCUGGCACGGUGCCCGGGCCGUCAGGGGCCGAGGUGGCCCCCUCGCUGCCACAGUUCCGGCUCUGCCCUGGCUCUGGGGCGCGGCGUCCCCCUGCGGCACGGACGGGCGUGAGGCGGCCAGCGAGGCAGCCGAGGCGUGGCGGCCUGACGGAGAGCUGAGUAGUUGCUGCAGGCGAGGGAUGACGCCCCACACACUCCGGGGACUUAGUGCUGACCACAGCCCUCACGCCGCACCCACGCCCGCCCCACGCCCCCAUCUGCCCUUGCGGCCGCGCGGCGCGUGACGGCCAGCCGGGAGCCUCGCAAGUGUCAGGGCCGCCGCUGCCCGCCGGACUGGCAGGUCCCAGCGCCGUGCAGGUGUGCCAGGCCGUGGCCACGCCGCUGGCCCCGCACUGCUCGGCGGCCCACAGUUGUUCAUGCUGAGUGCCACGCGGCCCACCGCUUGCCGACAUAGUGCCACAGGGCAGCAGUGACUCCCGGCCUGAGUGCCCCGCGGCUUCCCCACCUUGACGGUCACUCGUGGCCCUCGCGUGUAGUGCCCUGCGGCCCAGUGCCACGCGGCCCCAGUGCCAAUUGUCUUACGCCCCCUGAGUGACCCGGGUGAGGCCCCUUGGAGGCCGCCAUCCGGACCCUGUGGAUUACCGAGGCUCGCGGAGCCCAUGAAGGGCACUGCGGGCCAGCAGGCACCUCGCGGCCGUGGCAGGGGGGCGGGAGGGCGUGCCGGGGCGGCGGCGGUGUCAUGAGAAGAAGGGCGGGAGGGGGCUUGCGUGAGGAUGCCCGUCAUGCUAGACACCCCAGCGUCCCCACCACCACCACCGCCGCCGCCACCACCACCGCCAUCCCCUCCUCCACCACCGCCCCCGCCGCCACGUCACCCGUCACCCACGCGCCAGCCCCCACGCUGCCCUAAAUGCACAGAGUGUGGGACGAGGGUGGUGGUCGAGGGCAUUGAAGCGCUGUACUGGGCGGUGCGGCUCGACGCGGACCUCCUGCAGACCAUAUCCGCCAUCUACCCACACUGGUUCAAGCUGGCAAUGUCCAUCUACAGCACUCUUGUCAAGUUCAGAAUGGACUGUAAUCUAAACGACCUGAGCAAAAUGGGAGACAACCAAGGCGGGGAGGGGUCCCAGCCCCCCUUCAUCCCCCUGUCCCCACCCAAGUGUGAGGUGGAUGACUCCCCACUCCAGGGAAAGACCCUCAACAAGAACAAGGAGUCCCUCAAGGUCAAGCUGAUGCUGCGGCGGCCACGGGAGGAUCUGGUGAACCGCGGAGUGAUUCCACCCAUGAACACCCCAACAGCCUUCUAUGAGCAGCGGCAGCGUCUGGAUAUGGCUAAGAAACAUGACAUCCUCAAACAGAAGAUGCAGAGGCGGCCCGACAGGGAGGAGCUGGUGCGCCAACACAUCUUGGAGGACGCGCCUGGGAACAUUGACCCUUCGCUGGUGGAGAAGCAGAAGCAGCUGAAGCGAGCCCGAAUAGCGGAUGCCAUCAGUGAUCACCUCUGCCAGCGCCCCGGCCCUCUUGAGCUGGUGCGGGCCAACAUCCUACACACCACUGAGCCCCUUGAGAAGGCUGUCAAGGAGGGGCAGCUGAUGUUCAAAAGCACCAGCGAGGGGGAACCGCGUAAGCAUCCGAGCCUGUAUGUGCAGUAUGAGGAGGAGUCCAGCAGUGAGGGGGCAAUGUCCCCUGACCAAGCUGAGGGAGGAGGCAGUGUCACACCUUCCUCCACAUCCUCCUCCUCUUCUUCCUCCUCUUCCUCAUCCUCAUCUUCCUCAUCCUCCACUUCCUCCUCCUCAGGGGUGCGGGAGCUGGUCUCCUCCCCCUCCCCUGUCCUCACUGAGCCCUCCGCCCCCAUCACCACCUCCCUCCCCGCAACAGUGGUGGCCACAGUCAUCACCCGGCCACCCCCACCUCCCCCAACUGCACCUGUAGCAUCUCCCUCCCUCACUUCCACUACCUCCUCUCUCUCCCCACUCUCCUCCCUAGCCUCUCCUCCCCAACACCCUCUACUACCCUCCCCACAGGCUUCCACUCUCACUCAGACUCUCUUUGUGGCCCGCACCCCUCUCCCCCACGCCCUCACCACGCCUCCCCUCCAAAACUCAGCCCCUGGCAAGGACCAGUCCAAGAGCCGCAAGAAAUCCAAGGUGAAGAGUCAACCCAAGGCGAGAACCAUCAAGUUCCACGAGUACAAGGGUCCACCCAGUGCGGUGAAGAGGGAGGCAAGCAGCAACAAUCAGGCAGAGACUUCAUAUGACAUUCUUCUGCAGCAGCAGCAGCUCUUCUUGCAAUGCCAGCUGGAGCUUAAGCAGAAGUACCCACAGAUCAUCCUGCCAGCCGGCCUCAAGCCUCAAGCCAGCAGCGAUGGAUCUACUGCCAGCCUGCCCAGCGUCAUCAAGGUCGCUCCCACGCCUCCUCCACUUCCCUCCUCCACAGUGGCCAGUGGCCUCACCCUCUCCCAAGUCCUCCACACCCCCACCCACACCCCAUCCUCCACACCCACUCCUGCCUCCACACCUCCUGCUCCACCACCACCUCCAACACCUCCAGAGAUGAGCAUCCGUAUACACACCAAGCUGGAGGACAUGAAGGUGUCUGACCUGAAGGCUGAGCUGAAGAAGAGGAACCUGCCUGUGUCUGGAUCCAAGCCUCAGCUCAUUGACCGCUUGAGGUCCCACAGCACCACCUUCAUCACCUCCCCCACCACUCCCUCCGCCAGCACCAGCUCCACCACCACCACUACCGCCUCUGCCACUCCCACUGGACCCUCCGUCACCCUGCGUCUGGGCAGCGUGGAGCGGGAGAUACAAGUGGAGGAAGAGAGAAUUGUUGCUGCCUCCACCACUCCCACUGCCACUAUUGCCUCCACCACCACCACCACUUUAGCCCAGUUACCACAGGCCUCACCAAUCACCACUUCCACCCCAACUCCCACACACCUCCACACCGACGACUCAAUGCCAGGGUUGCUCGAGGCAUCAAUGGACCUGGCCGAGGAGGGCGGCUCCCGUUCUCCCACCUUCUCCCAGGUGUCUGGCUCCUCCACCCGUCCCCCAAGUGUGGCUCCCAUGGAGGUUGACUUUGACUCUGCAAUGGACACGAGUGAAUUCACCCCACUCACCCCUCUUAGCCUUCAGCUGAGUGAGGGCGGCUCCAUCAAUACCCCUCCUCCCCCUCCUCCUCCUCCACCUCCACCACCACCACCUGUGGUGCUGGCACCCAGCUCCCCUGCCCCAAGCCCCGCCCCACAGCCUGGGGAGACUAUGGACCGGCUGCAGCGGCGGAUAGAAGAGCUGCAGCGUGAGCUUCGCCAGACACAGCUGGAACUGCAGCUCCAGCAGCAGCAACAGAGUCUGAUGAAAGCACAGGAGCAGCAGCGCCGCAGUCAGCCUGACGCCAAGCUGAGCCAGAAGCUGAUUCUGCAGCAACACAUCCACAACAAAAAGCAGCAGCAGCAGCAACAACAGCUUCAGAGCCACUUACAACAAUUGCACCACCUGCAACAGCAGCAGCAGCAGUUACUGCAGCAGGUGGUGCAGCAGGAGCCUCCCAAACUUCGGGCAACACAGAAUGGCCCAAGCUUGGGUAGUGAAGAGGUGCAGGUCAAGCUGGAGAAUGGGUGGGAUCAGCUAUUGGCCUCCCCCAGCCCCCCUGCUGUCUGCAGCACUUCCACCACCACCAUCACCACCUCCACCCUGCCCCUCCGAGGUCAGCGGGCCUGCCCCUCCCAGACUCCUGUCCAGAAUGGUCUCACCCUCAACACACACCAAAGGGCUGCCUCAUUGCCAAACUUCUCUGGUCUCAUCGUCACUACCAGUGGCUGCAACACCACCACCAUCAACAACAUUAUCAACAACAACAUCAAUCACAACAACAAUAAUACCAUCAACACUAGUAGUAACCUCAGUAACCAUAACCACAUGAACAACCAUACCAGACACAUCACCAAUAACAAUAACAACAACAACAACAACAACAACAACAGCAUAAACCACGGCACUUCAGAGCCACGAUUUGUGAUCAAGCCGCCACCCAACUACGACGAGGCCACUAAGCAGCUCAAGGGAUCCGUGACGCCCACCAAGCUGUCCAUCAAGAGCCAGGCGGUGGAUGACGUCCUGGAGAUACUCAUCAAGAAUGGAGAGCUGCCUCCCAGUGCAGCACAGGACCCCCACACUCCAACGCCCCCCAUCAGGAGCUGCCGUGCUGCUCCGGUCUUCACCACCACAGCCACCACAUCCUCACUCUUCAAUGCCAUCUCCUCCAUCAACACAUUCACCACUGCCACCUCUGCCCCGCUGUCCAUCACCUCCCUCAGCCCUGCCCAGAUGGGUGCUGAGGUGGGGGGCGUGCCACCACCGCCGCCUCCGCCACCGCCACCACCACAUUCUAGUCAGCGUGUGGGGCCUUCCCAGGUCCCUCCACCAGGCCCCUGCCCCUCACCCACAGGGGGUGGGGGAUUGUCUUCCCACUCCCUCUUUGCUGACCUAGUGAUGGAAGGUGCCAAUCAGCCUCCUCUGGACCUGCCCCUGGACCUUGACCUGCCAGGACUGGAGGGCAUGGAGCUGGGGGCCCUGGAGCCCUCCCUAGAGGGGCCUCCUCCCACCUCUACUUCUAAUCAAGAUGUGUUGCUGGCCCCUCGCCUGCCUGAGCAAGUGCCUCCCAUGGAGGUGAAGAUGGAAUCUGGAGAGGAUGUGGAUGUGGCUUCUUGGCUGGACUCUUUGGUGCCCACCUCAGCACCCCCCCAGGCCCCCACUCCCUUCCCCACCUGGUCUACCCACCUGGUGAGUCUGGGGGGCUUUGAGGGAAGCAGUGGCAGCCGAGCGUGUCCCAGCAAUGCAGCACCCAACCUGCACCAGAGUGAUCCUCUGCUCUCCCACACCCAGGAUCAGCUGGACCUCUUUAACCUGGAGGAGGUGGACCUCAAGGCCCAUGACCUCAACUCAAGUCUCUCCUGGGACCGCAUUGACUUUGCUGCAUGAGUAACAUGCAGGCCCGGCGGGUGUCCCCUGCCCAACCUCGGACCAGUCAGGGACCACGGGCCCCGGCGCCGGCCCCGUUCUGGGCCAGGACGCUGUGCUAAUGUCUGUGAUGAGCAUGAGUGCCUUACAGUACUCUACAGAGGACCAGCAGUGUUAGUUCAUACUUACGUAGGUUGUGUUUGCCGCGCGUGCUCUCCCCGGGCCGCCUCUGAGGGGCCCCAGACUUUAAGGGGAGGAGUGGUGUACAUACGAGUGUCUCUGUACAUACUGCCCCGCCUCCUUCUUGUUAAAUGGUGCUGUUCUGUUGACUGUGCUGGCUGCACGGGGCUGUACUGCCCCACUGACUUGUGCUGACUCUGGGUUGGCCACGAGCAUGUAACAUAAUGUUAGCUCUACUCUAAGUUUUGGGAACAAGUCAACCCCUUCCAGAAAUUUGCUGUGUGCUUGCCUUGCAGGAAUGUCCUGAAGGUGUGAGAUGUGUUUGAACUGUAACUACUUUUGCCUGCAUUGAGCAGCCUGUGUGAGCCCUCAAGGCAGGCACACACUGCAACCAUUCCAUGACCUCCCGCCCCAGCCUUGCACCUUCCUCCUCCCUCCCACCCACCGCCGCAGCCUCAGCCAGGCAUCUCACAUAAUACAGAUCUCUAAAGUGUCUCUGCUACCCCAGUAGACUCCCGCUGGCAUGUCUGGCGUGUGGAGUCCUGGGGCACAGUGCACCCCACUGGUCGCCACCUCACUCCCAACUCCACCUCAGACCAGGCCACACACCCUCCCUCAAUCUGUGACCCACCAGCAUGACCCAGCGUGGCAACGUUACUGCCCCAGUCAUUCAUGCCCUACUGGCUGUGAGUGAGGUGGAGAGAGAGAGUGAGUGGAAGGCACCAGGUGAGGGAGUGCCCCACUAUUCCCUUGUUAUCUAAGUGUCUAAUAAGGCUCGGCUUUUGCUCCAACCUUGCAUCUUCCCCCUUCUCCAUGCCCUCCCCUUAUCUUCACCCUCCCCUUCUUUCUUUUAACAAUUUUCAUGCACUUCUUGUCCUGCAAAGUCCCACAACUAACACCUCUCCUGACUCUGCUCAUCAAAUGGCUUCCACCUUAAUGUACUAACUCUUGUGAGACAUUUCACCCACCACCACCACCACCACCACCACCGCCAGCAACAACAGUAGUAGUAAUGGUAGCAGAUACAAGAACACUGCCAUUUAAAACAGGGAACAAGUUUGUUUGCCAAGUAAUUUAAACACACACACACACACACACACACACACACACACACACACACAACUUCAUGGAAAAACAUAUACAUGAAAAUAGUUCUGUUCUCUUUAAUUAAACUAGAAAACCAUCAUGAGUGUAGCGUACAAGUAGAUACAUGAAAGAGACCAUUAGAAGAGGUGGCAUGGGUGCAUAUAAUUUUCACUGUGCAUACAAAUAUUUCACUGAGAUGGAAGUCUGUGAGUGUAUUAAUCAUUCUGAACAGAAAUUUGAUUAAUACAGAAAAUAACUCAACACACACACACACACACACACACACACACACACACACACACACACACACCCAAGACCUGUGUAAAUUACUGAUCUCGGGCUUUAAAGAUCUUACACCAAGACGGAGUUUGGUUAGAGUUCCUCAUAAUCCCUGCCCUCUCUCACCACUCCUUCCCCUUCUUUGGACACUUCAUUGAGUCCCCCCAGUCCUCCACCCCCUGUACAGACCCUCCUUCCCUUGGGCAUUUUCCUCCAAUGCUAAAACAUGGCCAUUGUUGCUUAUUACUCCUGGGAAUGGCAGAUGCAUAACCACAACCACCACCACAACUUGUCCCAACCUUCCCCUCCCUCGCCCCCUGCAGGCACCAAUCACCCCAAGACCAAACUCCUCCCGUGGGCUUUUCCAGUAACCAUGGGCUGAAGCCAUAGUGUCUGCAGGAGUGUUCACCGCAGCUCAACAUUACUAGUGUUUUGGCCCCCCUCCAUUGUGAGAGGCCCCACCUCUUAGUGUGCCAAAAUGAGAAGAACCCAGAGUGAAUUCUUUUGCAUGUGUAACCAACCAACCACCAACAUUCCAUGACAGUUUAGGGGAAUGAAGGCUGCAGCUCAGAUCGCUUGCUGGUGAGAUGCGUUUCGCUCUGAGGGAUGCAUAACUUUUUUUUUUUUUUUUUUUUUUUUUUUUUUUUUUUUUUUUUUUUGGUUUAAGAGGUUUUGGGUGCAUUAAUUUAUUCAAGAAUGCAUGUUGCCUCUGCUUGUUUGGGAAUGUGAGUGUGUGCUUGAUUCAUCAGAUGGAAUGACACAAGGCUGGCUGGCUGACUGGCUGUUACAAAGUCUCCUUUUUCUGACAUUAGCUGACCGGAGAGAAUUAGCUGCUUUUGUUCAUUCUUCUCCAUAAGCUACAUAAUUUUUAAAAUGUAAAUGCUUAUGUAUGUCUCCUAUAUGACAGCAGAUAUAUAUGUGCUCAUGUUUUGAAAAUUUUAAGUCCCUUAACUCAAAUGUUAGUGUUUGGUGACUUACAUCAAACAGAAUUAUUGUUAUAUUAUGAAUCUCAUUCUCUGUGUACAAGUAUUAUAACCACCACACUAGAUUUUAUGAGUCCUCAGCUGAACAGAAGUUUUUGAGUGUUUGGAGUGAUUGAAGACGACCUGAAUAUGAAUAUUAUUUAUUAAUCUUUUUGGCAAGAAAAUCUCAUCUCAGUAAUGCUACACUUUGUUCAAGUUCCCUUGUUUUGAUGUGAAAAUGGAUGUUCAAUGUACAAGUAUAGCUUUAUUCCCUUAGUUACCCAAGUCAACUCCUGUGUUUGUGUUCUGUGUGGCCCAAAAUUUCUGUGCAUCACUAUUGGAUCCAAACUGGUGUGCAAGAGAAAGGUGAUAAGGUACCUAUGAAUCCUACUUAAGGACAUGCUCAAUUUGUGUGCAGGAAGUAAAUACAUAUAUAUUUUGAUAGUUUUCAUGGUUAGAAAUUGUUGAACUCCCCUCCUUGUGUGUGUGUGUGUGUGUGUGUGUGUGUGUUCCUGAUUUUGUAUCCCUGUCGAUGUCCCUGUGUUGCCUCUCGGGAAAUACCUCCACUUUGUGCCAAGAGGCUCAAGCAGUCCUACUUAGUGUAUAAAAUUGGAGAAAGAUGAUUGUCACAGUAAACACAAAAAUUUGGGAGAGGGUAGCUGUUAAGGACUUCUGAAUUUUGGUGCAGUUUUGCAGUGUUGAUUGCAAAAACAAUCAGAUUGGCUGUUCAUCCCCAGUUCCUGAUGGGUGUUUGUCCUGGAGGUCAUGAGGAGCCUCAGUCACCCGUGUCCGGGUCACCUUUGCCUCGUGACAGAUGGAACACUUUACAAACCAUCUGCUUGUCAUAUCCUUAGAGUCAAGGUUCCAUUGUUAGCUUGCAUGGCCUUUUCUGCCCUGGCUCCUCAAUGUUUGGGCAACGUUGUAUGUUAAUCCUUAGGGAGGUUAAUUCUUUGGCAUAAUUUUCAACUGAGUAAAACAAUUACUAAAUUAUGUAGGACUCUAUGAGUGUUUUGUUUACUGGUGUAAAGUGAACAGUUGAUAACUUGUUUUUUAUCCAUGUUCCAUGACAAUGCUCAGCUAAAGUACUUUCAAGUAAUAUAAAUCCUGUAAAUUAGUGUUAUAUGAGUACAGCUGCUGUAACAGUAUGCCUUGAUACGUAAAUUUAGAUAUUGUAGAAUUUAUUGAAAGUGUAAAUGUGAUAUGUAUUUCUAGAGGCACUGAACUUUUAAGAGCUACGAGGAAGGUCGUUUCUAAGUUUUGCAUGAGUAGCACGGAAACGUGGGUGUAGUGGAAUUGAAAACCUAUCAAAAUAAUUGCUUUAAUAAGCUUACGUGUGUGUGUGUGUGUGUGUGUGUGUGUGUGUGUGUGUGUGUGUGUGUGUGUGUGUGUGUGUGUGUGUGUGUGUGUGUGUGUGUGUGUGUGUGUUGGUUCAGGAGUGAAAGAUGCAUUUACUCUGAAGGCAUUACGUGUCAGCCUUGCCUUGCCCCGGCCAUUGGGGGGGCACUGCGCCGCCCUGGCCCGGCAUGGCAGUGUCUGGCUGCUGCCGCCGGUGAACACUCCUUAGCGCUGCGGCGACGCUCGGGAUGCUUUGCUCUGUCUGCCACAACAUUACAAAAUUCUGUGGAUCAUAUUUGUCAGGUGAAUUAAAUAAAUUAUAUGGCACUUGGA